AUGCAGCCGAACGCCGCUCGGAACGAGAUGGAGGCGAGCGCCCUAUUUCGAGCAUUCAGGGUCCUUCGGUCGCGGCUCGGCGACUUUGUCCAUCCGACCUACAAUCAAAGGAGGGCGAAGCUGGUCUGCGAUGAUCUGAGCAUGAAGAAUGUUAUACUUAAGCCCGUAGACGAUCCGGACUUUCCCGCCUUCGCGGGCCUUAUCGACCUCGAGUUCACUUAUGCCGCACCCGCCCAGCUGGCUGCCACGAUUCCCUGGUGGCUUCUCGAGGAUCGUCCGACUAACGAGUCGUGGGACUGCGACGAGGGCGAGCCACAAGACCUCUGGGAGAGAUUCGUGGAGCAUAAGGAAAUGUACAUAGCUACCUUGGCCGAGGUAGUGGCCGAGAGGGGGCAGUUAGGACACGGGGCAAGUGAUAGGGAAUUCGUCGAGCUGGCUGAAUGGUCGUGGGACUCGGGCGCCUGCUGGAUACACAUGAUCCUCACGGUCAACGGCCCCGGCUGGGCCAGCUUUCCGCUGAUCCAGGUCAGGAAGAUAUACCGCGGACAGUGGGAAGCAGAAGAAGCGGCUAUUCCUCAGGGGCAGGUCGAUGAGUUUGUCGCGGCGAAGAUGGCCGGGUUGCAGCAGUAUCGUGCUGAAGCUGAUCGGAUGAGGGCCGCGAAGGCGGAAAUGAAAGAGAGAAGGAUGACGCUAGACCAGUUCACGGCCGUAAAGCGCGGCUGA